AUCGUCAUUCGUACUUAGUUUUUUUAAAAUCGUUUUUUUGUUGUUAAGUGUUGAUGAGUUUGUUUUGUUAUUAUUUGUGUAAAUAAAAUAAUAAUUCAUAAUCAUUCGGUUCGUUGUUCGUAUUUUUAAUUCCAGUUUAUCAUUAUUAGAAUUUCGUUACUAAUAAUCUGCGAGAGUGUUGGUGAUACAUGUUUAUAAAUUUGAUUACACUCAUUCCUUUGAUGUCCAUUCACCUGAGAACUCAGAAACUUGCAAUCGUCUCAAUUUAUGAUACUCGGAAAUGUUUUGCAUAAAACAUCAAGCCGGCUAUAAUGUACGAUGGGAAGUCUAGGAACUCCGCCUUCUGUGAAACGAAACAAAAUAACUAGCAGAAGCCCUUCGCCGAAUAGACUAACCACCUCGUCCAGACCUUGGAAUGCCGCUACAUUUUGUGUCGAAGAAAGUACCAUGAGUCGUUGUAAAUCGCCAGUCGCCAUGAGACACGAAAGAGGCAGUUCUGCAGAUACCGGAUUGAUACGUAUUGAUAAUGUGUCCAGCAAUGGAGGUUCUACCGACGAUCCAAAUAUUACGGAAGAUGAACGGGACGGAUUCCGUUCGUUUUCCGGAUACUUACCAAAUGGCUCGUCUUCGGAACUUAUCGAAGAUACGGACGGAAGUAAAACGAAAGCUGCUAUGGAACAUGUUCUAGUGAAAAUAGACCGUACUAAAGAUCUGAUCAGAGGCGAACAAACGGCACGCGAUGACAAUGUUAACGAGUAUCUAAAAUUGGCCUCGAACGCCGAUAAAAACCAAUUGACAAGAAUCAAAGCUGUUUUCGAAAAAAAGAACCAAAAAUACGCCCAAACCAUAUCGCAACUGCAAAAGAAACUAGAUGGAUAUAACAGACGACUGCAAGACUUGGAAGCUCAUGGCGUUUCCAGUCAUCAUCGGCAGCCUCGCGAAGUUCUCAGAGAUAUGGGUCAAGGGUUAAGAAAUGUAGGCGGUAAUAUAAGAGACGGAAUCACAGGUUUAUCAGGGUCGGUGAUGUCGAAACCACGCGAAUUUGCGCAUCUGAUUCGAAAUAAAUUCGGAAGCGCGGAUAAUAUCAAUUCUUUAUCGAGGACCGGAGAAAACGAUUCAGUCGACGACGAUCGCGUUCAUCACGGUAGCGCUACGCUACCAGGUGGCUGCAGUUUGACCUCGAGUAGCGGAGGAGGAGGCGCUGGUGCUAAAUUCGGGGCGAGUGAUGAAGGCUCCGAGUGCAGUUCGGUGACUAGUGAGAGUAAUUCGGGUGCUGCUCCUCGUUCGCACUCUCACACUCAUCAUUCGCACGCUAAAUCUUCUUCUUUACAUUCGAACCAAGAAGCGCAUAUGGUAGCAUGCGCCGCGAACACCGCCGAUAGUUUGGAACCUAUUUUUACGGAAUUACGUUUACGGCGCGAAGAAGUCGAUAGGUUGCGGAAUAAAUUGGAUAACGUUAAACUGAUGAACGUUCGAUUUGAUUCGCAGAAAAUGCUCACUAAAGAUAUCGAAACCCUGAAUCAAGCGUUACAAGAGGAGCGAUUCCGAAGCGAGCGUCUCGAAGAACAAAUUAACGAUUUAACCGAACUUCAUCAAAAUGAAGUGGAAAAUUUAAAACAAACAAUCUGUGAUAUGGAGGAAAAAGUGCAAUAUCAAAGUGAAGAGAGGCUACGGGAUAUACACGAAAUGUUAGAAGCCUGUCAAACCAAGAUCUCAAAAAUGGAACAUCAACAAGCCCAACAUCAACAGUACUUAACUUUGGAAGGUUUAGAUAAUUCCAAUGCUCGUGCUUUAGUAGUCAAAUUAAUCAACAUCGUUUUAACGAUAUUACAAGUCAUCUUAUUGUUAGUGGCUACCGCCGCCGGUAUACUUAUGCCAUUCUUACGUACAAGAUUACGAAUUAUCACGACGACGGUAAUAGUAGCUGCGGUAAUAUUGAUGAUGAAAAGAUUGCCAGAUACUCGAGCAGGGGAUCAUUUUCUAGAUCAUUUGAAACAGUUCUUACCGGUCAAAUAGUGGUUAAAAUGCGAAGAUAGUCAACCUCGUGAAAUAAAAAUUGCGUAAAAAUGUUCAAAAUCUUCAAUUUUUUAAAAUUAAAUAAAAUUUUAGGUGUGGAAAAAUCAAAUCAGUUAAGUUUGACAGAUGUUUAUGUUGUAAUUGUUAUAAAAUCAAUUCGUUAUCAGAUGACUGGUAAAAUUUAUCGUUGUAUAAUGUUGUCAAAAUUCAUCGCGAAGUUUUCAAGAGAAAACACGAAGAAUUUAUAAACCCCAAGAAUGGAUUAAAUUUUUGAACAUAAAACGAGUGAUUCAAGUUGUAUGUAUUUUUUAAAAUAAAAGUUGCCUACGAGUAUAAAAACCAUGCAAAAUUUCGUCUAAAACUUUUUAAGUAAUAUUUAUCACCAAAGCUCUCUUAAUUUAUUUUUUUGUACUUUCAUUUUAUAUUUCCUUAAAUGUAAUAUAGUUCAUUUUGAGCAGUUGAACAGAAUCAACCUACAAUAACCUACGAAUGAUAAACAAUUCAUGUAUUUCCUUUGUUCGUAUUGUAAUGUAACGUUUUUCAUCACAUUUUUGUCUCAUUGGUAUUUUUUUUUCUUUCCUCUUUUAAUUAUUACGUUAGAAUGUAUUAUGGUAUCUCAAUCUGAUUUUGUAUGAUAAGAGCUAAGUGCCUGCGUUUAUUCGUAAAAGCAGUUAAUUUACUUGAAAGAUGACGUGGAAUUGCUGUUUUCCUAAAAUUACCUAUAUUUUAAGUGGUGAAACGUGUAAUUAUUUCAAAGACUUUUUCCUAUUGUUAAAUAACUAAGUGUAUUUUGACUAUUUGCUACUGUUGCGCCUUUUUUCCUUUUUUUUUCGGUUUAAAUAUAGUUAAUGAUACUUCCUACCUUUUUUCGGCGGUUUCAUUAUAAGUUGUAUCGAAUACGUUUACUUUUGUAAACUUUUAUUUUUUUUGUUUGUAAUUAAAUUUCAAACUAUUCGUGGAGCGUUUUAUACUAGAUAUAGGUACUAUAUUUUUGGAUUUCUAAUGAUUUUUCUCACCGAUGAAACCGUCGAUUGAAUUAUAUUAGAAAACUUAUUGAAUGUAAAUUAACUGCUUCGUUUUAUUUCAUUUUGCUUCCUUGUAAAAUCCGCCCGUGAUAUUCACUUCGUGCUGAUUAAUUUUUAUUUUUUUGUUUGUGAAUUAUUGAAUGAUUUUGAAAACAUCGUAGUAUCUAUGGAUAUUUUUCGUCGUUUGAUUUUUAGUUUGACUAAUAAUUGAUUCGAACAAAAAAAUAUGUAAUAUGACUUAUUGAAAAAUUCAUUUUGUCACGUGAUAUUCCUUUUUAUUCUUUUGUUUGUGUAGGACGAAAAUUUUGUGUUCGAAUUCAGUUCCAUGUGUUGAAAUGUUGAGUAAAUGUAUGACAAAAUUUUUAUUUUUAUACAGCUUUUGUUGAUCGAAUUUAUGUUUGCUCCAUGUAAAAUUUUUUGGAGGCUGUGCCAGUGUUGUGUUUUGUUUAAAAAAAUCAAUUCGAAUUCUAAUUAUCAUAGAUAUUCGUAAGUUGUAAGCUUUAAAUUUGAGUUUGCUUUUUUGUGUGUUUUUAUUAUUUUCUUUCUCUAUCGUUUUUUUUUUUAAAUUGCCAUAUUUAAUAAUUUAGAUCUGUGAUUGUAUAGUUUUAUGUUGUAUACGUAUUGUUCCUGAUAUAAAUCAGUUAUUUUAAUUAUUUAAGAAUUGUCAGAGACGAACGAAAUUAUUUAUUAUGACCAUUGAAACCGGUUGUCAUAUAUGCGUUGAUUGUUUUUUUUUUUUUUUUUUAAUAAUUUAAUUUAAUUAUUUUACGAAAUUCGGUAUUGAUGUAUUAAUUUCUUCCUCAUCUUUUUUUUUGUUUUGGUGAAACUGUAGACAAAUUGUUUCGAGGAAGAACUGUGAUUUAGCUCACUAGUUUUGUUCCGAAAAAAUCGUAAUUUUAAUGCUGGUCAAUUUGUUGAAAUUUAAUUUUUGGUACCUUUGGUGUAAUAACGUAAUUACCAUUUUAAUAAUGUCUAUAGGUUAGUGUUGCCCCGUUACACGUUUUUUAAAAUUACCAGCAUGGCGAGUACUAUGCAUUAAAUGCCUCAUUCGCUUCUGAAACUCAAUAUAGUUUGAAUUAUUGCACUUUAAAUUUAGUUUUUGAGCGUCCGACAUUUGCAGAAAAGUUUCGAGUGUAUCUUUACCUUACGCUUUGAAAUUUUAUUAUUAAAUAUUUUACUUAUGCAUUUUUAAAAUUUAAAAAUAAGUACACAUUGUUGAGUAUUCGUAAAUAUAGGUACUUGUAGCAGAUAUUAUUAGAUACGCCUGAACGAAUCACGCGUGGGAAAAGUAAAAAUAUACACCGGUGGGAGGGAGGGGCGGGGAUAUGUUUUCAGAAAUACCUACAUUUUUGUCAAAAUUUCUCGUGACUUUUUUUCUUCAUUAAAAUUUAAUUUUCUCACUUUCAGUGCGUGAAAUCUACUUGUAUUUGCUAUGCGUAUUUGUGGCCGUAAUUUAUUGAUCAUUUUUUUGCCAAUAAUUUUUAUAAAAUAUUGUAAUGAAAUAAAAGUCUGCGUUGAGA